AUGAGGGCUGUGCUCUGGGACCUGCUGCUGCUCUGCCUCUUCGCUCGGGCACGGGGCGACUGCCAGAGCGACUGUCUGCGCUGCGACCGCCACCUCUACCGGGACAGCUUUGACGUCCUCGUCUGCAUCCUGGAGUGUGAAGGCGAAGCUGUGCCACGGGCCACCUGGGAGCUGUGCGCCGCCGCCAGCCGAGCCGCCCCACGGCCCCGUGACCUCCCGGAUCUCCCGGAUGAUCCCUGGCACGAGGCGGCAGCUCCGGCAAACCCGCUGCAGGUAAGAGAGCUGCUGCGGCGGCAGGAAACCGAAGAUGAAGGUGUGGAAGCGGUGCCGCGAGCCUUCGCUCUGCCCCCCGAGGACAUUUCCCGACGGCUCGGCGGUUUCCCGCGGGAGACGCGUGGCUCGUGGCCAGCGGCGCCAACGGCCAAGGGGGUGCAGAAGAGGUACGGGGGCUUCAUCGGGGUCCGCAAGUCGGCGAGGAAGUGGAACAACCAGAAGAGGUUUAGCGAGUUCCUGAAGCAGUACCUGGGCAUGUCACCCCGCUCCACGUUCCGGCACCGCAUCCCAGCACCUUCCGCCAGGCACAGGCCAAACUAA